AAACUGCCUGUUCUGGCUCAUGCAGACUGUAACAUAUAAAAGCUGUUAGCAGCUCCUGUGGCCAGAAGCUUCAAAACCAGCAGAGUUUUGCUCUUUGGGGGUUUGUAAUAAGAGACACUCCUUCACAAAGGUUCUUGCCAUCACAUAGGAGAGCGGUAUAUAUACUGGGAGAACAAUAGGCUCUGUUCUUUUUUGGUAUUAUCCAGAGAUCUGUUGUCUACUGCCCUGACUUAAAAGCAGAGUACCUCUGUGGCCUAUCUUUCUCCUUUGGCCCCAAAAUGACAGUAAUCGCUGCAAUUGGUUGUGCUUUCUUAUUUUCCAUUCUCUGUGAAACAAGUGCAUUAGUGUUACCCAACUCCACUGACCUACUCCUGUCAAACAAUAAUUUCACUGACAUUGAGACGGCUUUGGCAGCUCAUCUGGACUCUGCAAAAAUUCCCAAAGCCAGGCGGAAGCGCUACAUUUCGCAGAAUGACAUGAUUGCCAUUCUUGAUUAUCACAAUCAAGUCAGAGGCAAAGUCUUCCCACCUGCUUCUAACAUGGAAUAUAUGGUUUGGGAUGAAACUCUUGCCAAAUCUGCAGAGGCUUGGGCUGCUACAUGCAUUUGGGACCAUGGACCUUCCUACUUACUGAGAUUCUUGGGCCAGAACCUGUCUGUAAGGACUGGAAGGUACCGAUCCAUUCUCCAGCUGGUAAAGCCGUGGUACGAUGAGGUGAAGGAUUAUGCUUUCCCUUAUCCUCAGGAUUGCAACCCCAGAUGCCCCAUGCGAUGUUAUGGACCCAUGUGCACCCAUUACACACAGAUGGUUUGGGCCACUUCCAAUCGUAUAGGCUGCGCAAUCCACACAUGCCACAAUAUGAACGUCUGGGGAUCUGUUUGGCGACGAGCUGUUUACUUGGUAUGCAACUAUGCCCCAAAGGGGAAUUGGAUUGGAGAAGCACCAUAUAAAGUAGGAGUCCCAUGUUCAGCUUGUCCUCCAAGCUAUGGAGGUUCUUGUACUGACAAUCUUUGUUUCCCAGGAGUAACAUCAAACUACUUAUACUGGUUUAAAUAAGUUAAGGUUUACAUUAUUUUAAAAAAAAAACAACAUGGAUGAGUAACAAGAAGCUUGUAUAUUGAAUUUUGCACAUAUUAUAUAUAGAGAGAUAUUGUAUUAAUACUCUGAUGUUUUCUUUUUGUAUGCUUUUGUAUAAUUAGCUUUCAAAGUAUAGUAUAAUUUGGUUUCAACACUUUGGGAUUUAAGAUUCAUCUUAACCCUUUUAGAUUAACAUUUUGUUAAAGGAGAGCAAACUAAUUUUCAUCUUAGCAAGUGUAGCUUCCUGAAGAUUAGGUUCUAUUGAAAGCACAUUAAAAGACAGAAUAUUACUUCCUUUUAAAAACAGUUGCCCCAGAAAGAGAAGGGUCAUUAUUUAAUACUGUGCUUUAAAAUGGAGUGUGAUAAGGAAAGCAACAAAUUGUCCUCAUGCUCCCAAUGGUUCCUCCCAUUUACACCUGUUCUUUCACCUGCAAUGUCAAUGGGACUCUGAGCAGAGGAAAAAUAUGUGCAAGAGAAACUUCAGGAUAUUACCUACCUCAUGCACAACAUCAAUUCCUUUAUGGCGUUCCAAGAGUUCAGCACACGGCUGCUGCUAUCAUCAAUGAUGCCUGUGUGCAGACAGGAAAAUUAGAGAAUGAGGAACCGCACUCGCCAAGAUGCAGUGGCUGUUAACUCACAUGCCUGAAGUCUUAGAUAGAUAGAGAGCUACAUCACUUUAAAUAUACUGGUAUAAUAACACAGCCUGACUCUACCUUACUGUGUUUCUGAACACAAUCAUAAUGGUAUAAUGGUGCUUUGCAGCAGUAUAUUUAUUCUUGUACAGGAAGGUAAAGAAAUAUAUUGCUACAAAGCAACAUAUAUCAAUACGAGACAUCCAGACUCUUUUGCACUAUAAGUUUGCCAGUAUAUGUGGUAUCCCUGAUUGAAACUCAGCCAGGUGAAACUUUCAAGGAGAGAUCAGAUGUAAAAGUAGGUAAGAGGAUUUCCAAAUAAAAGACAUCAGGCAACUUUAAAACUUCAUAAAGAUUUAUGACAAAAAUUUCAAAUUUCUAAAGCAAUUGGCAGUGUCCUUUGAAAUAUAUUGAGCUAUUUUCUGAAAAUAUCUGUUUGAAUUAAUAAAAACCAAGCCUGUUUAUUCACACCUUUCCUGCCAAAACUGAACACCUUAUGGGUGCUUACUAGAACAUUUAUAAAGAGGACAUACACUUCAAUCUAGAAUAUUAUACAAGUAGUUUUCUUGAAAAACAGAUUACAGAAAGGAAGAAAUCGAAUGUCUGCCACAACUACUAUGUCAUUGAAAUAGCUUUGAUUUUUGGCUUUAUAUUGCAGGGCAGAAUGUACUCCACUUUAAACAUACGUGUUUAGUCUGCUUGCACUGCUACAUUUAGACCUCUGAAAUGUAUGAACUUUGAAAAGCAAUACUGAGUAGAGCAAGCAGAACAACAGAGAGUAGUUUCUCUAGUGCUACAUAUGUAUGUGUCUUUAAGUCACUAAUUCAGUCCUUUUGAGGGUGUUUGAGACAGUCUGUCACCAGAAUAUGAAGUAUCACAUUGGUGAUAUAAAAAGCAAGAUCAGAGUUUGAAUUCUUCAUGUUAGUUAUUCUUUUUCUCCAGCAAGAUAGCUGUGGAGGGGGAAUGGGCUCUACAGAGUAUGAAACGUAACAACCCCUCUCCACCUAUCCAUAAUAUGAUCCCUCAGAGAAUGUCAGCAGCUGAUCUGUGGCUCUUCAGGCAUUUCUGGUUAGCGACACUUCUGUAUCUGACAGGACAAUAAUAAGACAAGUAUAUUGUCCUAAAAUGUGUACGUUUUAAAAGAACAACACUUGUAAUAUUCUACUAACUUUUAUUCUAACAGUUACCAUAUGAACAGUUUUGCUUUUGGUUUCAAAAGGGCGUGGGCUUGGACAGUGCACAAUCAGUCAAACACUUUGGCUGAGUAAAAUCCAGUCCUGUUUUGGGAGUGAGACUUUUCAAGUACACAUUGAAAAAAUUCAGUGAGACAAAGCUACUAGGUGGGUCACUAGCCCUCAGCCAGCAAGGUUUUUGACAAAGAUGCAUGAAACAAAUAUGUUUUUGUUCUGCAUAAGAAAUCUUUUCUAGAGGUAAAGACAGCACAGUUAUAACAGUGUUUCUAGCCAUUUUCAGUAUUUUUUUUUUCAAUAUAAGAUAGGAAGCAGAGCAUAAGCAAAAGUUCAGGUUUAGCCGUGGAGCCUACAGUAGUAGGUCUAACAAUAAAUGACUAUGCACUUUGGAACUUGCAACUUGUAUGUUGUAUGGUACACUAUCCAAACAGGACUAGACAUUGUAAAUUAAUUUAUAAUUCUGUAAUUCAGCUGAAAUUAUUAUAACGGGUAUAUAUGUUAUCGUAUCUGUUACUUUUUAAGUUGCUACAAAUCCCUUGAUUUUGUGGAAUAUUUUGUUUUCUGUGCAUAUAGAAAACUUUGCUUUUAACAAACAGGUAUGCAGGUUUUUUUCACAUCCCAUAAUGGUGCUAGGGAUUAACUAUUGUAAUCACACUGAUAUUGACAGCAGCAAAAAAUGAUCUGGGUAUAAGCUAUUUCAUACGAGCAGCUCCUGAUAAAACCAGCCACAAGCACUCAAGCAUUAGCUGUAUAUUUCUGAUUGAACAGGGAGGAUUACAGCUCAUGAGGUACUUGGUUACCACAUGAAAUUUGCCUUUCCAUUUUAUUUAAUAAGUAGUUUACUGAAAGUCUUUCUGUACUACCUAUUUGAAUUGCCCCAAUUUCUAUCAUCUUUCCUCUCUUGGGUUGGGUAAUGACAAUGUCAUUAAAGCUCUGCUUUGAUUGCCAGUGUCAGUGCUGCCUGAUUGAUUACCUGACACCAAGUGCUGCUAGAACAAAAGUACUGAAAUGUGCAGAAGACUUCAGAUGUCUUUGGCAAUACAUCUGCUUUGAUACAUGCUGACAAAAAUUCUUGAUGAGUUCAAGGUUAUGCUAAGGCAGACUACCCCCAGCUGCUGUUCUGCUAGCCUUGAAGAUUUGUGCUAAUUCCUUCCAAGCAGAGGGGUGUGCCUUUAAAGAUAGAGAAAUUAGCUCAGCUUUUUUUCUGUUCUAAAUAUAAAAUUAUGAAAGCAUACACACAUUAAAAUAAGGCUAAAUUUUUUUUUGUUCAAAAUACUCUGAGAGGCACAAGAGUAAAAAUGAAGUAAUUUAGAUCAUUAAUUAUUGAGUGCAGCCCUUUAUAAUAUCUGCUUGUGAUUUUUUGACUCAUUUGAACAUCUAAGAUGAUGGGUAGCAAUUGAUACCUUUUGGUGCUAACCUAUAUGUUCUGGUGCUGAAGUUAUACAUUAUUUUUGUAGAACUGAUUUUUACUUCCAAUAUUACCAUAUACACUCCAGUGUUUGUGAGAUCUUUUUCAGCUAAGCAUAUAAUUUACUACCACUAGGCCAGAAUUGCUUUCAAAGUUCCUUUUUAUGGUUGUUUCAGGCUCUAAUGAGAGUUUUAUGUGCAUCAGAGAGGAAAAUGUAUUCCUGUUCAAAACCAAAACAAACAGCACCCUCCCCUCAUCACAACAGUGAAAUGCCGGUGGAACAAGUUAUGGGGAGAGUCAGACCUCUGGCAGUCAAGACUUCAGACUGAACUGAUGCUGAGCAGGUUUAGUGAUCCCAAAUCCUCUCUCUGGGGUAAUAAAUGACUUCAGAAAAUCUAGACUUGACCUUGCACACUUAUCCUUGGGAAGCUGUGUGUUCCAUUUCUCUGAGAUCAGUUUGUUCCCCUUUUAAUUCAAGAUGAGUUGGAUCAGGCCUCAGUGAAAACCAUGGGAGGUUUAACAUAACUUUUGCAGGACUGAGAAUGAGAGCUUUACGAACAGCAAAAUUAAACUUCAUGUGCUUUCCCCUACCAACACUGGGAAAUACCAUGGGACUCUGAAAGAGGAAACUUCCCAGAGCAAAUGUCUUCUAUACCACAGCUUGGACCUAACCAAAAGAAAUAUAUCUGUAUCUAUAUCCAUAUCCAUAUCUAUGUCUAUAGAUAGAUGGAUAGAUAAGUAGAUAGAUAUAUCUAUUUCUAUAUAAUCUUCAAGGAUCAGGUUGCAAGCAUGGAUGCCCUCUUGUGGUUGUGAAUGCUAAUAUAUUGGUUUGAUUUCAUAGGAAUUCAAAAGGGUUUAGGAUAUUUUUAAAAACAAGCACAUGCAAAUUUAGUUUGUUUCCUUUAAAAUUUUUGGCUUUGAUUUUAAAGACACAUGACUUUGUCUGUUUUGUUCAAGCAAUGAGGUCCAUUGCAUAACUCCACCAUUUCCUGGUUUUAUAUAAUUUGUAAGUACAGAACUCAAUCACAAUUGUAUUGGCUGUUGGUUACCUGUCAUACAAAGUUUUAUGAGUAUGAGGUAAAACAGAGCUAUUCAGAUGUUGGGAGAAUUUUUAGAGGUGUUAAAUCAGAUAUAGUUAUUAAAAAGCAGGGGUGGGUAGCCUCAAUACGCAGAUACUAAAUUCUAAUGAUUCCUAAUAAAAUAAGAGUUUUAAAGCCCCAAAUAAUUGUUGAAAUUUGCCCAUUAUUGCUAAGUUUUCAAGAAAAAACUGUUGAUUUCCUCAUCUAGAAUGAAAUGAUCUCAUAGAAUCCAAGCACACAGCAUUUUUAUAGUGCUUUUUAAAACCGUGCAAAAUAGACAAUUUGUAUGCUCUGGUUGCCAGAUCAUAAUUGGUCUGAUAGUCUCAAAGUGCAUAAACUUUCCCCUUUGGAUUCAUAAGGAGAACAGUAAACUUCUGUCAGUAGUAACCUGAAAUAACCACAGUUUUCUUAAACUGCUUUCUUUCAAUAGAAAAUAAAGUGGAAAUCAAGAAAAAAAGAUAGCAACCAUCCAUCUGGUUAAUUCAACAGAUGGGCAACAGCCCAUCUGGUUAAUUCAAGGGGAAAAAAAAAAGAAUUACUAAUGAUAAUUUCAAGAUUUUCCUGCUGCUUAACCUUCAUUUACCGAAUUUCCCUCAGGUUAUAGUUAUUUUCUGUUAGAAAAGCUCCUCAUAUUGCAAGGCAAUGCAUUUUUAAAUUCACACAAAUUAAUGAAACAGAUACAAACUUUUGAUAGUUAACUCCGCUCUGCUGAGCUCCCCUGACUGAAGUGUGAGAAAACCAGACUGAAAUGGUUGCAAUUCAGUAUUAUCUCCUUGUCUUCUGCCAAAAAACAAAAUUCAGAAUGGAAAAAGAUUUUAUGAUUCCUCCAGCAUUUGGCACCUUAUCAUUUGGCAAUCAGGUUGUAAAUUCUUUAAAAAUCCCUUAUACUGACAAUCCAUAUAAAUUAUGCUUGGGGUUUUUUUUGGCCAGCAGAAGAGAGGGAAUAUCCCUCAGGUUAUAUGUUUAGCUCAAACGGCAAUCAUUAUUCAAAUCACUGGGCCAUUCAUCAUGCUGCAAACUUGCUACGGUUUCAAUACAUCAUCAUCUAGUCAGGAAGUAUCUUAGAUACAAUAUUUGAGGUGAUAAACUUGUUCCUGAAGAGUGAAUGGUAAUAUUGGAAUCUAAUAGCUCUGAGGAGUUAAAGGACUUUGUUUCAUGUAGGGUGCUCUUACAUAAUUAAAACGGUGCUUAAAGGCAGGGUUCAUUUAAGAAGCAAACUAUCUACAGUUGCUUUUUUCCAUAUGCGAUAAGGAAAGUUUUUUCUGAAGACUGAAGAUGUUAAGGAUUGGAAAAUGAUGACAUUUCUGUGCUUUCUAUCUGAACCCAAGCCAAAAAAAAUGUUCAGUGUUUAUACAGUAUAAUGCCCUUUCCCCCUUCUCAUUAUAUAUUUUCGUAAUUUCUUGUUCAGAUUUUUUUGAUAAUUGUAUGGGUGGGGUUGUACCUGGUUUUUCAGAGAAGAAAGCUUGUUGUGUAACACGUCUUGCAGUGAACUUAUCAAUAUAACAUUUCUUUCAUAUUGUCUAUGAUCCUAUAUAUAUGUUAUACUUGAGAUAGAAAUUUGUAUCCCUGUUUCAACUUCUAAUGCUAUGAAACUAUACAGAAAUGUACAUCAUUUUGAUCUAUUUUGUAACAUCUAUGCAUUUAAAUAAAUAAGUAAAAUUGUCAUA